UCAUUCAACCAUCUUCAUCUUGUCUCCGUAGUUUUUCUAAAGGUGUUGAUCAGAAGAUAUGGACUGUUUGAUCAACAAGUCAAAGAAGAAGAAACUCUCAGAAGCAAAUCAACGGCUAAGAUCGUUUCAAGAAAACGGUAAGAUCCUCUUACAAGACCUCAUCGAGCUUUGCAACGGCAAAUCAAAUCCAAUCAAGACUUUCUCUGCUAACCAAAUCAUCCAAGCCACCGACAACUUCCACGAGAGCAAUCACAUGUUUCGCUUCGAGUUUAUAUACAGAGGUACGCUCGAAAACCGUCCUGUACUAAUCAAGAGAGCUACAUGGAAAUUAUACACAUCUGAUACACUAGCAAAGAUCUGUCGUGACAUAACCGUCUCGUCCAUGGUGAGUGGUCACAAGAACUUUCUCAAGCUGUUAGGAUGCUGUCUUGAGUUUGAGUAUCCGGUCUUAGUAUGCGAGUAUGCAGAACGUAUACCUUACAAUACUCCAAACUUGGGAAUGGUAAUCAAGAUGGCCAAAGAGAUUGCUGUUGCGGUUUCUUACCUUCACACAGCGUUUCCAAGGACUAUGAUUCAUAUGGAUAUACAGCCUUCUAAUAUUUUCUUGGACUCGAACGGAACAGCAAAGCUAAGUGGGUUUUGUCUCUCUGUCUCAAUCCCGGAAGGAGAGACGUUUGUUAAGGUCGAUGCUGAUAGAGUAGAAGGAGUUUUGGAUUAUUUAGAGUACAAUUAUGUGACGAGUGGUGUAGUGACUGAGAAUACUGAUGUUUUUAGUUUUGGAGUGCUGUUGCAAAAUCUCUUGAUUGGAAAGCGUGGAGUGGUUGAUCGUUGCAAGGGUGAUGAGAGUUUGUUUGAAUACGAGCACAGUGUGUUGAACCUGAGGGUUUCAGAUAGAGUGUGUAAGUUUGUGGAGGAGGGAAGAGUCGUUGAGAUAUUGGAUCCACAAAUGUUGGAAAGUAUGGGUGAUGAUGAAACUGGAGAACAAGAGAGGCGGCAAAUGGAAGCAGUUCUGAUGCUCUCACUUAGAUGCACUGGUCAUAAAGGUGAUGUUCCAAAGAUGAUGGAAGUGGCAAAAGAACUGAAAAGGAUUGAGAGAUGGACAUAGAAUAGGUGUUGUAAACUUUCUAUUUAUAUGGUCAGGUUUAUAAUAAUAAAAAGAUAUUGUAAUAAAUAUCGAUAUUGUGGUAAAUAUUGUAAUAUUUAAAAUCUUGAGGGUGAAAAUAAAAUAUCCUCGGAGU